UAGACCCAGGUCUAGAACGCUAGCCCCAGCAGGCCAAAAACAAGCUUUUAGUGCUUGGUAGCGACAAACGUCAUGGGCAGGUAUACCACCGCAACUGUGGCGCACGUCCAGUGCGAGUAAAUCAAGGAAGCGGCACCCAAUGCGGGUGCUGCACAGUACGUACUGGCGGCAGAGACUAAGCCGAAUGAUAUGAUUCGGUUUGUUGAGAGACAAGGAGGAGCUAAAAGCGGAUGGGCAGAGGGUAGACGAGGAAUAAAACCGUGACGUCGCCCGGUUGGAGCUUCUUCCCUUUUCCUCUUGUUCUUCCCAUCAUCUACCACCUUACUUCCAUUCAUCUACACUUCUUCCAACCCAAACCAAACAAACACACCUUCACAAUGUCUCUUCACUACCUUCCCCCCGUCAAGCCCUCGGCCAUUGCCCUCGGUACCGUCUUCAGCCAUGGUGUUGAGCUCGCCGUCAUGGCUCCCCUCUUCGGCCAGACCUACCAGCGCGCCAAGGCUGCCAACACCAAGGAGGAGUUCCUUAAGUCCAAGGAGGCUGCUGGUGCUGCCGUUGCCUGGGGUACUUCCUUCGUCGGAGCUGGUCUCCAGUCCUACGGUGUUGCUGCUCUCAUCAACGCCACCGGCACCUUGAGCUACAAGGGCGCUGCCUACCUCGGUGGUCUCAUUUUCGCUGCUACCGCUGCCCCCGGUUUCCUUGCCCAGAUCUUCACUGAGAAGCGCCCCAUUGACACCGUUGCCGCCAGCGUUGUUGCCAAGGCCCUCGAGACGGUGGGCUUGUCCAUCUUCCUCACUUGGUGGGGAACGCGCUCCAACCCCUUCGAAUAAGCGGUUCGAGGGGUGUAUACCACGCUAUGAGGAUCGUGGGUUGAUCUCGGGUUGAACUUGAGAUGGGCCGUCCCUGGUGGUUCAGGGAACAGGGUCCCUUCCUUGGGGGACUCUGCCACAUUCGCUUGAAUGGUUCCUUAUUGUAUCUCUAGUCCCACAUGAAACUAAAUAUAAUCUUGUAAAAUUC